AUGUCUACUUCGUCUGAUUCAGAUAAUUCUGACAACGCGCCUCCUUUAUCCAUCGCUGAAAGGAUAAAACUUUUGCAAAAUCAUGGAUUUUCUAAAAAACUUAAUAUAAACAAUACAAACAGUAAGACGUCCAAAACUAAUGUUGAUUCUGCUCCCAAAUCAACUGAUUUUCCGCAAGCACCCUCUACAUAUAACCAUCCUAUAUCAAAUCAACAGAGUUCCUCAUCUGAUUUGUUAAUUACCCCUGAUAACUCUGUUUCAACACAAAAGAAAAUAUCAAAGCAACAGAGUUCAUCACCUGAUUUGUUAAUUAACCCUGAUAAUUCUGUUUCAGCACAAAAGAAAUCUCCUCUAUUAGAAAACUUUCCUAUUUCUGACAGAAUAGAGGCUUAUCUAUUACGAGAUCUAUUGAAUGAGACCAAAAAUCCUCCUCGUAUAUUGGUAUUGGAUAUUAGAUUAAGAGAAGAAUUCGAAAAAGGACAUAUAAAAACAAAAAAUAUUGUAUGCUUGGAUCCAUCCCUUUUAAAGAAUGAGGUAUCUUCGGUAGACAUUGAAUUAAAUUUAAAAGAUUGCCCUGAACAUGAGCAAAAACUUUUUGCUGAACGACAUACUUUUGAUCUAGUUAUAUAUCAUGGCUACGAUUACGAUUCUGAUUUAAUUCCUGGUUCUAUACCUUAUCAUAAAAACUCUGCCGAUAAUUUAGUUCAAGCAAUUUUUGAAAACGAAUUUGAGAAGCCAUUAAAAAGAUAUCCUGUAUUCUUGGUUGGAGGUUUUAAUGCAUGGGAACGAUUGACGAGCGAAGCCGGUCAUGUUAAUAACGCUCAAUCGAAUCAAGUUAAUACCGGUAUUUAUGAUAAGACAGAAAUGGAUAAAUUCAUUAUGCAAGAUGGAAUUAGCAAACAUGAUAAAGAAAUUUUCGAAAAACAUUCCUUCAGACCGAUAACUUCUCAAAUUCAUGAUCCUGCUAAAAGAACCGGAAAAUUUGGCAAUAUUAAUUAUGAUCGUACAUCUAUUGUGCUAAACACUUUAGAUUUUUAUCUCCAACCUAAUGAUCCAGAAUCACAGUUUAUGUCAGCAAACUUUCGUUCAGCAAGUCCGGACAAAUUAUCUAAUGAUUUAAUAAAUAAUAAUCCAAUGCCAAAUCUAAAAAUGGCUGCUCCAAAUAAGCCGCUUCCACGACCAAUUCCCAAUUUCCCUGAUACCGGUAUUUCAUCAAAUUCUAAUGACCCGCCAGUUACUUUGUCAGGAAGUCGCUUGCAACGUCGUAAGACCAUAUUUGAUCACCCAUACCAUGGAUUUAGCGAGGUAAAAAAUCCUGAUUAUCAUUCAAUAAAACGUCCCCCUCCACCGAAAAAACCGUUACCACAGAUACCAUAUGAGAAAAAACCUAUACUACCUAUUACUGUUGAUCCGAAUUCUGUUCAAGUGGGUGUAAAUGGCCCUAAAUAUACCCAUACUUCAGAGAGUAGCUUUUCUCAAUUGGAUUCAGGCAUUGGUACUACCGGUUUGAGAAAUCUAGGUAAUACUUGUUUUAUGAAUUCGAUUAUCCAAUGUUUAAGCGGUACAUUACCAUUUGCAAGGUACUUUUUGGAUGGUAGUUUUAAAAGGCAUAUAAAUAGAGACAACCCUUUAGGUACUAAGGGUGUCUUGGCUGAUAAAUUUGCUACCUUGAUAAGAGUGAUGUGGAGUGAUCAAUAUGUAUCUGUCUCUCCUGUUUCUUUUAAAGAAGCAAUUGGGUGUUUUGCUCCUCAAUUCUCUGGGUCUGAACAACAAGAUUCUCAAGAACUCUUAGCUUAUUUGUUAGAUGGUUUACAUGAAGAUUUAAAUAUAAAUUCCCAUAAUUCAAUAUUUAAUAAUUCGACUUUUCUAAAUACUGAUGAAAUUGAGGACUUGCCUCUCCAUGUAGCUUCUGAUUUAGCUUGGGAGAAACAUUUGAUGCGUAAUUCUUCUAUCGUAGUUAGCUUAUUCCAAGGUCAAUUUUGCAAUCGAUUGAUGUGUAUGACUUGCGGAAAGACUUCCACAACAUUUGACGUAUUUAUGUACCUUUCGUUACCUUUACCUACAAAUAGUAAAAACAAGGUGCCUAUAGAUUUAGAAACAUGUCUUAAAAGUUUCAUAAAAGAGGAAAUAUUAGAUGGAAAUGAUGCUUGGAAUUGCCCUAGAUGUAAUUGUCCUAGACGCGCAGUAAAACAACUAUCAAUCUCACGAUUACCCGAUAUAUUAUUAAUUCAUCUUAAAAGGUUUUCUUUUUAUGGUCCUUUUAGAGAUAAGCUUGAAACAAUGGUUCAUUUUCCUAUUAGACGGUUAGAUUUAACCUCAUAUGUACUACCUAAUUCUGCCUCUGGUGAUGGAGGUUCGCGUUCAAAUUUACAGCAAAUAGGUCCUUUUGUAUAUGACUUAUAUGCUAUAUCAAACCAUUAUGGUGGGUUAAGUGGUGGUCAUUAUACUGCAUGCGUAAGAAAUGGCUAUAAAAAUGAAUGGCAUAAGUUUGAUGAUAGUCGUGCAUCUGUAUGUGAUGAACGAGAUAUUGUGACUCGUGCUGCUUAUAAUUUAUUCUAUGUACGAACUACCAUAUAA